GCGCCCGGCGCGCCUGGCCGGCAUGGAGCUGCCAGCUGUCGGCGAGCACGUCUUCGCCGUGGAGAGCAUCGAGAAGAAGCGGAUCCGCAAGGGCCGGGUGGAGUAUCUGGUGAAAUGGCGAGGCUGGUCCCCCAAAUAUAACACGUGGGAGCCCGAGGAGAACAUCCUGGACCCGCGGCUGCUCAUCGCCUUCCAGAACAGGGAACGGCAGGAGCAGCUGAUGGGCUACCGCAAGAGGGGCCCGAAGCCCAAGCCGCUGGUGGUGCAGGUACCCACCUUUGCCCGCCGCUCCAAUGUGCUGACGGGGCUGCAGGACUCCUCGGCCGACAACCGCGCCAAGCUGGACCUGGGCGCGCCGGGCAAGGGCCAGGGCCACCAGUACGAGCUCAACAGCAAGAAGCACCACCAGUACCAGCCGCACGGCAAGGAGCGCGCGGGCAAGCCGCCGCCGCCGGGCAAGGGCGGCAAGUACUACUACCAGCUCAACAGCAAGAAGCACCACCCCUACCAGCCGGACCAGAUGUACGACCUGCAGUUCCAGGGCGGCCACAAGGAGGCGCCGAGCCCCGCCUGCGCGGACCUGGGCGCCAAGGGCCACCCCCACAAGUGGGCGCACGGCGCGGCGGCCAAGGGCUACCUGGGGGCCGUCAAGCCCCUGGCGGGCGCGGCCGGGGCGCCGGGCAAGGGCGCGGAAGGGCCCCCCAACGGCCUGGCGCCGGCCCCCAAGGAGGCGGGCGCGGGCAACGGCAUCGGGGGCAAGAUGAAGAUCGUCAAGAACAAGAACAAGAACGGGCGCAUCGUCAUCGUGAUGAGCAAGUACAUGGAGAACGGCAUGCAGGCCGUGAAGAUCAAGUCGGGCGAGGCGGCCGAGGCCGAGGCGCGCGCGCCCGGCCACAAGAAGCGCGCGGGCGCCGAGGAGCGCCACGGCCCCCCGGCCGACCGGACCUUCAAGAGGGCGGCGGGGGGCCCGGAGGAGAAGAAGGCCGAGGGGCCCCAGCGGCGGGAGGAGGAGGCGCCCGGGCCCGGCGACCCGCCGCCGCCCGAGGCCGCCUCGCGCAAGCUCUCCCCGGCCAAGGAGGCCUUCGGGGAGCAGCCGCUCCAGCUGACCACCAAGCCGGACCUGCUGGGCUGGGACCCGGCCCGCGGCUCGCACGCGCCCGCCCCCCACCCGCACCCCCCCCACCCGCACCCGCACCCCCACCCCGCGGGGGGCCUCAGCCUCGCCCACGCGCGCAAGCGCUGCCUCUCCGAGACGCACGGCGAGCGCGAGCCGGGCAAGAAGCGCCUCACGGCGCGCAGCAUCAGCACCCCCACCGGCCUGGGGGGCGGCCCGGCCGCCGAGCGCGCGGCGCACGCGCCCCCCGCCGCGCCCCCGCAGCCCGAGGUCAUCCUGCUGGACUCGGACCUGGACGAGCCCAUAGACUUGCGCUGCGUCAAGACGCGCGGCGCCGCGGAGCCGGCCGGGGCCCCGCCGGUGAAGCCCGAGGCGCCCGCCCCGGCGGCGGCCGCCGCCGCGAAGCCCCCGGCCGAGGCCCCGGACGAGCCCGAGGAGCCGCUGAGCGAGUUCAAGCCUUUCUUUGGGAAUAUAAUCAUCACCGACGUCACCGCGAACUGCCUCACCGUCACCUUCAAGGAGUACGUGACGGUGUAGCCGCGGCCGGCGGCGGGGCGCGCCCU